GGUUAGCAUUAGGUUUUCUAACGUUGGCUUUUGAUCGUAUUAAUUUGAAAGAAAACGAUAGAGUUUGUAAUGUAAUCUGUAAUAUAUGUGAAGUAAAGGGACAAGUGUGAUUAGGUUUUGUUGAAGGAGAAGAGAGAUUGCUUUCUAACAGUACAGAAGCAAUUAUUGUGUCUUUAUUUAUAAUUAAAAAAGAAAUAAAAAGAAAAAAGGGUGAUGAGAAGAGUAGUUUAAAUGAGGUUGAAGUCGGAGAAGGGAAAGUUGUGAGGAAAAAGAUGGUGUCCCCGAUGUCAACGAUUCUGGUGACGGGUGGGGCGGGCUUCAUCGGAUCCCACACGGUGCUUCAGCUUCUCAAACAGGGUUUCCGGGUUACCAUAAUCGACAACCUCGACAACUCCGUCAUCGAAGCCGUUCACAGGGUUCGCCGUCUUGUCGGUCCUCACCUUUCCAACAACCUCACCUUCUGCCACGGCGACCUCCGCAAUCCAAACGAUUUGGAGCCACUCUUCUCCCAGACCAAGUUUGAUGCUGUCAUCCACUUCGCCGGCCUGAAGGGUGUAGGAGAAAGCGUUGCAAAGCCCCGGCGUUACUACGACAACAAUGUAGUGGGAACUAUCAACCUUUUUCAGGCAAUGGCUAAAUUUAACUGCAAGAACAUGGUUAUUUCCUCCUCCGCCACUGUUUAUGGCCAACCUCAUCAAGUUCCCUGCGUGGAGGAGGACUUGCAUUUACACGCCAUGAAUCCCUACGGAAGAACCAAGCUCUUUGUUGAAGAAAUUGCCAGAGACAUUCAGAGAGCAGAGGGAGAUUGGCGGAUCAUUCUGCUGAGGUACUUCAAUCCGGUUGGGGCUCACGAGAGUGGGCAGAUUGGGGAAGAUCCAAGGGGUAUCCCCAAUAAUCUCAUGCCUUACAUUCAUCAGGUUGCUGUUGGUAGAUUGCCUGAGCUCAAAGUUUAUGGUCAUGAUUAUCCCACCAAGGAUGGCACCCCGAUCCGGGAUUAUAUCCAUGUAAUGGACUUGGCAGAUGGUCACAUUGCUGCCCUUCGAAAGCUUUUUGCAACAGACAACAUUGGUUGUACUGCCUAUAAUUUGGGAACUGGGCGUGGUACAUCGGUGCUUGAAAUGGUCGCUGCAUUUGAAAAAGCUUCCGGCAAGAAAAUUUCGAUGAAAAUGUGUCCCAGGAGACCAGGAGAUGCUACUGCUGUAUAUGCAUCCACGGAGAAAGCUGAGAAAGAACUUGGUUGGAAGGCAAAAUACGGUAUAGAGGAAAUGUGCAGAGACCUAUGGAAUUGGGCGAGCAAAAAUCCAUGGGGAUACCAGGGGAAACAUUAGCUUCAUCCCAGACAUGUGUGCCUUGUACCAGACUUCCCACUCCUUGUCGUUUUCGGAUUCUUCCACUAUACCAUAUCAUCUUCACUAAUAAUAUUUCAUCUUUCUUCUGUU